AUUCCAGGAAAUGUUCUACGGCUCGAGCUGACAUCUGUCUGCCUGCUGCGGGAGGAAACAAGGCUGGGUCAGAAAGAGUGAAAAGGGACCAGAGAGAGAGAGAGAAGCUAACAGUUUCAAAACUCGACGGAAUUAGAGUUUCAAACUUCAAUAAUUUGAUCAUCUGUCGUUUAGAGAUUGGGUGGUUAUAGCCGUGUUAUAAGACUGGUCUCCUUUAUAUCGUUUUUUUGUCUUGUUGUCAUUGUUUGCGUUCUUGUUUUUCCUGGAUUCAUUGCGUGACAGUAUGUCUCGGUCUGACUUCCCCCUAGGUUACGAUGACUCUCAUUCCCCCCUCUAUGGCCCCCAAGGUGGUAACUACCCCCCUCCCCCUGCCUAUGGCUUCCCUGCCAAUGGAGGCCCCCCAUCAGGCCAGCCCUCGUCCUUCUACCCCUCUGGUCCCCAUGGACCUCCAUAUCCCGGCCAGCCUGCCGGAUACCCUGCUGGGCCCUACCCAGGCCAGCCUCACCCCGGGGGUCCAGGGUACAACAACCAGCCUAUGAUGCCACCCAUGCCACCUAUAAUCCCCCCUACGAUGCCUAGCAGUGCACUGAGCGGCGAUGGAGAGGGGUUUGCGGCAGGCAGCUUUGAUAGUCUGAAAGUGCGACACUCCUUCAUAAGAAAGGUGUAUAUGAUCCUGGCAUCUCAACUACUUGUCACUGUCGCAAUCGUGGCCGUCUUCACAUUUGUUGACCCUGUCAAGAAGUUUGUGAUCGCAAACCCAGCUGUCUACUGGGCGUCAUUCGCUGUGUAUUUCGUCACUCACAUUGUGCUGGUCUGCUGUAAAGGACCCAGGAGGAAAUUCCCAUGGAAUAUCAUCCUGCUGGCCAUCUUUACACUGGCCAUGUCCUACAUGACGGGCACCAUAUCCAGUUACUAUGAUACUAAGGCAGUGUUUCUGGCUCUGGGCAUCACCGUCAUUGUGUGUAUCAUCACCACUGUCUUCUGCUUCCAGACCAAGGUGGACCUCACUUCAUGCACAGGCCUAUUCUGUGUCCUGGGGAUCGUUGUCAUGGUGGCAGGCAUCAUCACAGCCAUUGUGCUCUCCUUCAAAUAUAUUCCUUGGCUUCACAUGGUGUAUGCGGCCGUUGGCGCAAUAGUCUACACACUGUUUCUGGCGUACCACACACAGCUGUUGAUCGGCAAGGGGAAGAACUCUAUCAGUCCAGAGGAGUAUGUGUUCGCAGCGCUCUCCAUCUACGUCGACAUCGUCCAGAUCUUCCUGUGCCUGCUGCAGCUUAUUGGUGCAGCCAACAGAUGAAUCCCCGGAAACAACGUUCCUUCCCAUCCCCUCCCCCCCGAGACAGGCUGACUCAGCUCACCAGAGUGCAACUGCACUCACUAUAGAAUUAGAAUGAGUAGAAUGGAAAUACUGGUGUACCUACCACAGAACGUUGUUUUGAAUGGGAACGUUCUUUCUACUAAUUCUAAUUCUAUGGAUUUGACUUCGCUAACACACAUAUUUAGCAAUUUUCAUGAAGUCUACUUUUCUGCUAAAAUGCAUCUGCUUGAAAAGACAUAUGUAGUAAUAUAUCAGUAUAGACACCAGUGGUGUAAAGUAACUAAGUAAAAAUACUUUGAAGCACUACCUAAGUAGUUUUUGGGGUAUCUGUACUUUACUUUUUCUAUUUUUGACAACAUUCACUUUUACUCCACUACACUCCUAAAGAAAAUAUAUAAGUUUUACUCCCGUACAUUUUCCCUGACACCUAAGAGUACUUGUUACAUUUCGAAUGCUUAGCAGGACAGGAAAAUGUUCCAAUUCACACACUUAUAAAGAGAACACGUGGUCAUCCCUACUGCCUCUUAUAUGGCGGACUCACUAAACACAAAUGCUUCGUUUGUAAAUUAUGUUGGAGUGUUUGAGUGUGCCCAUAGCUAUCUGUAAAAAAAAAAAAAAAAAAAGAAAAUAGUGCUUUUGCUUAAUAUAAGGAAUUUUAAAUGACUCAUAGCAUUUACUAUACCUUUUUUUAACUAGGCAAGUCAAUUAAGAACAAAUUGUUAUUUACAAUGACAGCCUCCCUGGCCAACUGUGCACUACCCUAUGGGACUCCCAAUCACAGUUGGAUGUGAUACAGCCUGGAUUUGAACCAGGGACUGUAGUGACAUCUCUUACAUUGAGAUGCAGUGCCUUAGACCGCUGCACCACUCGGGAGCCCCUUUGGAUAGUUAAGUAUAUUUUAAACCAAACACUUUUACACUUUUAAUCAAGUAGUAUUUUACUGGUGACUUUCACUUGAGUCAUUUGCUAUUAAGGUACAGGAUCUUGACUUUUACCAACGUAUGACAACUGGGUACUUUUCCCACCACUGAUAGACACACUGAAUACAAAGCUGUAACUUUAAUCUAGCUAUCUUUAUAUGAAGAUUUUUUUUUUAAACUAUUUUUUGUUGAAGGUAAAAAUGUGUGUUAUGAGCUGGGAGCAGCAAGAUACUUUCUGAACUAGUCCAAUAGGUUUGUGCCUGCUGAAGGCAACCCUGAGUUGUAUUCACUAGGAGCCAAACGGAGGCAAACAAAAGCAACAGGAACCAAACGUGGAGGGAUAUUCCUAAAAUUGUUCACUAGAAACUCUUGUUUUGUUGCAAUGCGAAACGUUUAACUACGGUUUGCACCAAUAAAUACACCCCCCAAUAUCAGUAUUCCUCUGAGACACAGAGGAAGGAAAUGUUUUUUUUUACUCUGUAUGUCUGAUGCGUUUCUAUGAUCGUAACAUUUGUAAUUGGGUAAUCAUGAGCGAAAGCUCAGUGCUGAUUGGCUUGAUUUUUAUGCACUUUUUGGUAACGAGUGUCACCUAAGGCUGCAUUUAGACUGGCAGCCCAAUUCUAAUAUAUUUUUUCACUCUGAAAAAGAUCUGAUUAGUGGACAAAAGAUCAGAAUUGACUGCCUGUCUAAACGCAGCAAUAGUGAUGCCAUUUUUAAGAUAUGCUUUUAUGUAAAUGCAAUGUCUGUUUCUGAUGUACUUGUUAACACAUAUAGGAGUAUACCUAAUAUAGUAUUGUGAAAUUCUGUUAGCUGUAUUGUUAUGUACUGGUUUGAACAUACCAGGCUCAAAUGUGUGUUUAGAACCCUCAGAACAGAACAUUCAAUUGAUUACUUGGCAAACUGCUGCCAACUCCAAAUAUUAGAGUAGAACACUGAGAACCAUAGCCGCAGGAAGCUGUUUGGGGGUUGGGGAGCUGUGCUUGUUCCACCGACGGGUGGGGUAGUGGCGCUACAGACCUGCUAUAUCGGCUAAUACAGGACUAGUAAAUGCACAGUGCACUACUUUUGUGAGAAUUUCUAUUGUAACAUUCAGAUUCUUCAGGGGGUGCAGCACCCCUACUUUCCGUGGCUAUAGAGUACCACAGUAUGAGUCAUAAUACCCAUGAAACCUAGCGGUCAAACAAGGAAAUGGUUCCAAUCAUUUUUUCACCAUUCAUUUUUCCCACAGGGGAUUUUAGAAACACUUAAAUACUUAAUAAGGGCUGUGUUUCUUGUAGGUUUACCCUGGCAUGACAUUUUGAUAACUGUGUAAAUCUCUUUAGGACAAGGUGACUUUUGUCAAUAUAUUUGCAUGUAUUUACCCCCCAAAAAUGAAAUGGUAGUUAGCUGCUAUUGUGGCAAUCAUAAAGAACUACAAAUGCCAUGAUGAUCUAGACGAAACUGCCAAAUUCGAUGAACAAUUCACAAUUCUGUGAACUUUUUUUCAAUUGACACAAUACCUGUUAGCAAAUGUGUCAGUCAGCUAGAGAUGACAUGCAGGAACUUACAGUGAUUUGUAGUUUUGCAUGGUCUGCUUUGAUGCUAAUUCGAAUUUUCGAAUUUGAGAGUAAAUAAAGACGAAUAUAUUAAUAAAAGUCACCUUGUCCGAGAGAGAUUUACAUGGUUAUCAAAACAUCACACCAUGGUAAGCCUAUACGAAACACAACCCGCAUGGAUUCUAAAAUCCCCUAUGGGAAAAAUGAAUGGUGGGAAAACUAUUGGAACCAUCACCACUGUGUGACUAUGCUGAGAACAGUCCAAAAUGUACACAUCAAAGCAUUAACAUCUGAUGUUCUUUUUCUACAUAAUGAGAAGAAAGGAAGCCACUUUAUAUUGAGAUUAAAUUAUUGAUUGUUGAGCUAAAUCAAAAGGGAACACGCCUCAAAGGGUGUACUUACUUAGCUGACACCCUUGAGUUGAGUAAUGAGGGAAGUGCAGGUAGACUGCCCCUAAGUGCUGACCUAAGGUCAAUUUUAUAGUGGUUGAUGUUGGAACUGGGUGUGUUGAGCUAAUUCUAUAACUGAGUUUAGGGGCAUCUCUAGACUCAUUUUGAGAUGUAUGUCUGAAACCUAUGGCGCCAACUUGCUGUCCAGACAGUAACGAUUACAAUCAUUACAGUCCACUGAGAUCACUAAUUAGAAUGAGGUUACCAUGGAAUGUUUGGUGCUAGCUUGGAGGACAGUUUGCCAAAGUCUAUAGGAGCAUGCUAAUGAGAAAAAUAUGGACACAUCUAUAUUGAUUUUCAUAUCAAAUAAAAUAUUUUAUUGCCACGUG